UGUAGUCUGUUAAGUCACUUAAACCAGUUUUGGAUUUGGAACGGCUUUAAAAAUGGCUAAACCAGCUACCAUCCUUGAGUAAGCGGAAACUAAUUCUAUGGGGAACCAGAAAAAUAUGGGGAUUUUAUUGCUAAUGUUAAAACUGACAUUAUGAUUAAUUAAAAUGUCAAACAACUAGCAAUAUUCUUCUUUAAAGGAUUACUGCAUAUAGUUUGUUUACAUUUGUUGAAGCUUGUCACAGCUUUCCCAAACAAGGUAGCCUAUUCUAGCCUAAAAAUCACCCAAACCUCUCUAAAACCAUCCAUAGAUCGUAGUCUGCAAACCAUCUUGGACUAGUUUAUGUUGUUUUUCCGACACAGUAGCGAUUGCAAAUUCUUGCAGGAAGAGUUCCCUCAGGGAAAGGCUAUUUCACUACUGUUAAAUGACCUACUUUUAAUGUGACUAAUAGGAAAGAUGAACUAAUUCACUCCAUUUAUCAUGAUGCAAAACACUGCUUGUCUGUGUGUGUUUAAAAUGAGGGCGCCCGGGUCACUUAACCCCGCUAAAUACGGUGAUAAAUCUCAGACUUGCCGUCGCAAUGCUGAACUGCUCUGAACUGGACUACAGAAUGAAUCUCAGUGUGACUCAGUUUGCUGUGAUGCACAGAUUCACAAACCAGCUCCACGCCCACCACAAAGCGAAGGGCACCUCACGCGCUGGACGAACACUCGGAUUUGUCCUCGAGAAGUUACAGAAGAAAGAACAUGCGGCAAAACUUGAAUCUGGCUUUUUUAUGGACGUUAUUGAGCUGGAGUCGUUCGUGAACAGCCCUCCUGAUGGAUUCACUGUCGAGAGUCGCGGGGGCAGCAGAGUCGUGAAGUGGGUUCAGGAGAACAUCUGCGUGUUCAUCGAUGAGAUGCAGUCUAGCGAGGAGAAAGUGAUUUUCUGUAAUUCUCCAGGAAGAAAAGUCAUAGUACGCACUUUGAGGGAGUACACAGAUUUGAGACGACAGCUAACCUCAAAAAGAAUAUACAUCCUGGUGUCUGCAUGCACCAAAACAAAGGUCGAAGAAAAGAGAAAGAGAGAUGUUCCAGUUCUUGGAUAUUAUGUGGUGGCGAUCAACGGCAGUCAUCCAAUGAUCAGAUGGGAGAUGGAGAGAGGCUUAGACAUGACUAUUUCAUCUGUUGCUGGAGAAAGUUAUACAGUUGAUGUUGAUGUUAGUGCUGCACUAGAAGGAUGGGUCGGUGAGAGCUUUCAAAUCCUUGUUGAUGUAGAAAAGGUAAAACCCAUUUGGAAAGAUACACAUUUCACCAUCAAGUACCGUUCUGACGCCCUUUUUGACUUUCCCUACUGGUUCGGCUGCAGCAAACGACAGUUCAAGGUCUCUUACCAUGGAAGAUGAGAUCAACACCCAAAAUGUUGUGUGAAACAGCAAAUAUCUACUGAAAACAGGCUUCAGUCUGUGGAAAUUGAAGCCCCGCACAGAUGUUGAGACCAUUAAUGCACCUUUAAGGACAGUUUUACUGUAAAUAAAGCUUUAUUUUGCUCAUGUCAGCAGUAAUACAAAAAAUCACAGGGAAAUGGAGAUCACUGGAACUUAAUCUUAAUUAUAAUUCUGUUGAAGCAGAAAGGUAAAUUUCAUAAAUCCUCACAUUGUAAACUAGCAAACUCAAGAUGGUUAAAAUGCGUUUUUAAAAGGAUCACUCUAUGCAAAAUUGCCCGAAUGUCUUCAUUGCUUUAAAUAGGUCAUAUCAUCUUUUUGGAUUGCUGAAAUCAAGCCAAAUAAACAGAUAAUUAUAUUAUCUUAACAUCAAGUUACGCUCUGUGUAGCACCUACAGCUCUGCAUAUACUUCCAGAGAAUCAAUAGAAACGUGCAGUUAGGGCUGGGUGAUAAAACACUAAUUAUCGUGAUUUAAUUCUCCUCGAUAAAA